UUGAAGUAAGGUAUUUCUUAGCAGGUAUUAUACUUUUCUUAGUUAAGCAUGUCUAGCACUUCUUCCUUACUUGAAACACGGGUGUGUUUGUUAGGGAGAAGCAGACUCUCCUUUAGGCUCUUCUGCUUUAGGAGGAGAGGAAGGUUCUUUGUUAUCAGCUGGAGUAUCUUUUACAUCACUAAGUUCUUUCUCAUUAUGUGCAUUGGGUUGUAUUUUACCAGCAUCUUCGUCUGAAUCUGAUUUUUUAUCAGUCUUUUCUGCAUUGUCAGCUUUCUCUACUGGUUUACUCUUCUCUUCUUCCUUUGGAUGUUCAGAUUUGGCUGAUUUAUCAUCUGCUUUAACCUCUUCCUUGAUAUCAGUUUUUGACUUGGAGUCUUCCUUUUUUUCUUCAUUAUGUUCGGUUUUGUUUUUGCUAUCAGAAUGAUCCUGGGAAGACAUAUCUGCUGGAGAAUCUUGUUUAGAUGGGUCUUUAUUAUCAGCAUCUUUCUUUUCAUCAUGGUCUUUAUCGUCCUUCUGCUUUAUCUCUUCCUUCUUCUGAUGUGUAUCUUGCUUUUCCUGAGGUUUGGAAUCUAUUGCAUUUACUUCAGUUUUCUCUUUUGGUUUUUCUUCCUUUUUAAUUUCUUCUUUUUUAGUUUCUUCCUUUUUAGUUUCUUCUUUUUUAACUUCCUCCUUUUUAACUUCUUCUUUAUCAUCUUUCUUAGGAGCUUGAUCGCUCUUAUCGCCAGAAUCUUUGUGGCUAUCUGCUUUGUUGUCUGGAGCUGGCUUAUCAGAUUUAUCGGAUUUAUCAGAUUUCUUCUCCAUUUUGCCAUCUUCAGUAUGAUCUUUCUUAGAUUCUUCUUGCAGGUCCUCUUUAUCAGCUUUCUCCUUUUCAGCUUGUUCAUGAACUGAAUCAUUUUUCUUCUCGGCUGGUGCAGCCUUGGGAGAAGACUCUCUUGGAGAUGAAUGGUUAGAGCCUACUUUUCCUUUUUCUGAUUUGUCAGAUUUAGCCUCCUGUGGUUUAGGAGUUGACUGCUGUUUGGACUUUUCUUCCUCCUUCUUUGGGUCUGAUUUUUCUGAAUUUUUGUCAUCCUUUUGAUCCUCGUUAGGCUUUUGAACAAGCUUUUGAUCACUAGACUGAUCUUUUUUAGGAGGAUUAGCUUUAGGAGUACUAUCUCUAGGCGAAUCAUGUUCUUCAGUUUGCUCUCUGAUGGAUGGCUUAUCACUAACUCGAUCGUGAUCUUCUGAUUCAUUUUUUGAUAAGUUUUGAGCUUUAGGAGAGGGAUCUUUGGGGUCUUCCUCAAGAUUUACAGCUUUCUCCUCUUCUAUUUGCCUUGGAACUGCUUUAGAACCCUUUUCCAUCUUUGGAUUUUUUUUCACAGGAGAAUUUGAUUUGCUACUCAAACUUUUAUUAUGGUCAUUUUUAGAAACGAACCGUGUUUUAUUUUGUUGCUGUUGAAGUUAAAUUUUGAGUAGUUUUUAGCCUGCUUGGAGCAUUACCUGUUUCCAUCCUCUUUUUAUUUUUCUUAAUAGGAUCCGCAAAGAACUCAGAGGGAUCUCCUCCAUUUUCAACUGCAUCUAUCAUUCCAAGUCACUUAUUGACGACUUUAGAAACACUGGGCCAUCUGAGGCUUAAUAAUUUUGAAAAGAUCAAUUUUCCUUUAUAAGAAACCUCAAAAGCUCCGACUCUAGGUAGUUGAUCAAAAAGCUCUGAAUUGCCAUCAUUAUUAGGGAUGAGAUUGUAGUACAAGUCAUAGUCAACAUAUUCCUUAGGGAUUUGAUUUCUUAACACACUGACGCUAGGCUCUUCAGCUGCUACUCCCUCUGCGAUUUUACUGUAAUAAUUCAUAUACUUUGCCUCAUCAUGCCUGGUAUUCCAGCUGUGUUGGCUGCACGAUUGGCAUCAUUCAAUGCAUAGAUAUCUAGCAUUGCUGCCGUUAUGGCCUGA